CUAACCUAGUCUACAAUUUACAUACAUGUAUGCGGCAGCACACCAAAAAAAAUAAAAUAAAUUUAAGUCAUCCAGCUCCAAACACAGCAGUGAAACAUCACUGAUGGUAGUCUUUAUGAGGUGUUUAAAGCCUUGAGACAAACACAGAGUUCAAGUUCAAGAGCUGAAAUAAAUCCAGUAGUUAACCAGGCUAAACAAUACGCUGGCUUUCUUCUCACCCCAAAACAAAGAGAAUAAACAUUGUCUUGGAUACUGAGUGACAUAUUGUAGUUUCUACAAGGUGGUAAAAUAGAAUUACAUUCCCAAGUUCCUAUUUGUAAAAGCGAAAACCCAAACAUCACUGGUUAGGCUGUGGUCCUGGCCCUACAAGAGACCAUUUGUAAAUAACCUUUUAUUUAAUUUAUUUAGGGGUUUGUUGUUGUUAUUGUUUUCUCCUCAUAUCUUGACUGCUCUGAUGGAGACAGAACACGCAUGCGCGGUCUGGUGGAAGCGUCUUAAUGUAAAAUCACAUUUCAUUUCAUAUCAGUCUGGUACACUUCUGUUAUACUUUAAUCCAGACAGGGAUAAAUAAUAGACGAGCUCCGGAUGUCCAGGAUAUAUAUUUCAAAAUAAAGCUUCCGACCAUCUAAACUGAAUGGUUUUUGCCUGAAAUCAGCCUGAAAGCUAUAAUAUGAGCAAAGUAGAAGAUUUUAUCUUGAAUAUCCUCUUGAUUAAUCACGUCCCUGGGAUGUUUUAAAGCACUUGUUUGAAAACCAAAGCCGGAAGUUGUAUGCGCUAUUGCUGCUAGCUUUCUAACUGAGCUGGGCGUUCGGUGUCAGUAAGCAGAGCGAUGCUCGCCUGCUGAGAGACGGGGUUUAAAUCAAACGGAGUCCCCCUGGUACACACACUUGUGAUUGGCACCAGGCAAUAACAAGAACCAUGGUGACCAAGAAAGUGAGGACAGAAUAUAUGAAGAAGUUCAGGGACCCCAAAUGGGAGACGUUUUCUAAAUGCUAUGAGGACUCUGUGAAGUACCGCCUGACUCGCCGGGUGAUAGAACACUCCCACAAGCCCUGGUUCUGGGAGGGCUGGGACAGCGGCUCUGACUCCAGCGGCUGGUCAACACCAAGGCUGACCAGGAACAAAGUGGUUCCUCUGUCUCUCCCGCUGCCGCCCACAUCCUUGGAGGUCAAGCAGAGGUUGUUGGAGUCAAAGACCAGUCCUGUGCAAAAGCCAGCGUGCGAGGAUGGAGAGACUGACGUGGGGGACCGGGACGCUGCGGUUGUAGAUGCGGCACAAACCACAGCAGCAGUUGUAGAAAAUGGCGUGAAUGAGGCCGGUGGCAGUUCUGAGGCGGUGGCUCCAACAAACAGCGCACCCUCAGACGACACACCCACAGACAACGGGCCAGCCGACUCGGCGUCUUCUGAUGCAGAGCCAGUAAAGCCAGUAUCCCGACGGCAACGCCGCCGCCACACGCCACGCUCUGAGCAGCCGCACCGAGACAGUUCCCAGGAUGACAAACCAGCCGUGAUCCGUAAACCGCCGAGAGCAAAGAGCACGCCGGUGAUCAGCACCAAGGAGAAGGAGAACCAGAGACCGUCCAGCCGGCUGGACUGGAGGGAGAGACAGGUGGAGGUCAAGAGGACAACCAAUGAUAGUCACACUUCUGAUGCCUGCGUUCAGACCCGCAGGGAGUCUGACAAGCGGAGCUCCAGGCUGGACCGCCGGCGGGCUCGAUCGGCUGACCUGGAGAAGAUAAGACGCUCGCAGCUGAUGGUGGUGGACGACCGCUGGAUGACAGAGUACAUGCGCUGUUUCUCCGCCCGUCUUAGGUAGAGAUGGGAUCCACCUAGAAUCCCUAAAUACCAAGUUUCCUUACGUGCAAAUAUCAGGAGGAAAUCAUUUCUCAUUUUAAUUAACAAUCCAGACAGAGAACCGUGUUGCCACAAGACAACACCGCUCGCUGCGUUGUCUCCUUAGUUGACAAAGAAAUAAGAAAUCAAGUGAAGAAGUGGGACGAGCUACUGAUUUAGAUCCAGUUGAUAAAGUUCUAAAUAGUUUCUGAACAUCAAGUUUACAGUUUUAUCUUUCUGUACAUGGGUCGUUACAAAAAGUACCUUUAAACAUUUUAUAAUAAAGAUCAGAGAUUCGAUUCUUUUAACAGAUUUGGGACUAUUUUACGUAUAUCUUUGGGAUUUCAGUAAUGAAAUGACACGAAACAAAUCGAAUUAACUUAAAAUUCAUUUAAUUCCCUUCUCUCUGGGAUCUUAGAUAACUUCUCUCAGUUACUGGGUGAAUUAGCGCUUGAGCCAGGAGGGUGUCACUCCUCUUAUGAGAAAGGGACAGUGUUACACGAGUGUGUCUGAUCAUUGAGCAGCAGAGUUAUCAGCUAGACUGCAGCGUCCUCUGGAAGAUGUUUGAUGUAAGAUGUGCCCUUACAUCAGUGUUUAUCUGCAUUCACGACCUUGCUGCUUUGGCUUCCUGAUGGAGACAAAAAGCUGUUAAAAGCAGCUGCAGCAGAGGACGGACAGCUCGCAGCUGUGUAUGGCGCCCCCAAGUGGUCAGAAGCUGCAGCUUUAAGCGCUAAAAUGCUCCAACGCUCUUUUUUUAAUUCAAAAUAUUUUUAUUGAGUUUUUGUGGAUAUAGUUUACAAAGAAAACAAAGAAGGUGGAAAACAAACUGUUUACAAUGAAUACAAAACAGACAUGUUGGAACAUUGUUUUCCUCUCUUACUAUUUACCAAACAAGCAACAAGAAAAAACAACAACCCCCCAACAAAAUAACAAAAGCCAACAAAAGGGAUUAUGGUAUUAUCCGGCCCUUUCCAUAAGAACCACACAGAACUUAGCUACACCAUCACUGAGCUUCUCGUUCCCGUUAAGACAUCCGACCACUCUGGAGAAGCAAAUCCGUUAGUCAGCUGGAACAUCCUUAAGUUGAAGUUUAGAGAAGUUUUCCAGAAAGACACCCCAAAUUUGAUCAAAUGUGCCCUUUUGGUUCUGGGUGGAGCAGUGGAUCUUUUCCAGACUGAGACACGACAUGAGAUCAGCACACACGUGGGAGGGCGGGGCAGCAGCCUGCGCUUUGCUCUGGGAAUAUACUUAUCAUCCUCUCCCGCUUUACCACAGAGAGCAAGUAGGGGUUGAGAGCUAGUUUCAGGCCGGCAGCCUUGUUCAAAGUGCAGAAAACCUCCCAAAAGUUUGCCAGGGCAGGUCCACCAAUGCUCUUUGUAGUUAAUUUCAUCUAUGCAAUAGGUGUACAGAA